AGCACUAAAGAGAAUUUGGCCAACAAAGAGAGCUCUUCCAGUAGUUACGAAUCUGACUUUGAAGAAGAUAGCCAUUCUUCGGAAGAAAGCAACAAUGAUGAAAGAACAAAAUCAGUAAAAGAUUGCGCCUCUGAUAAUAAAAAGUCAGCAGAAAAAUCGAGUGAAAAGGAAGAUGUGACUUUUGGCGACGAUGACGCUUUUUUGGACAUGUCCGAAGAAAUUAUGGAGUUUGAGGGCGAAUAUAAUGUCACUGAAGACAUUACAGUAGAAGAAGAUUAUCUUGCCAACCAUCUCGAUGAAUAUGAUUUUGUUGAGGCUAUAGAGCCAAUGGAGGAAGAUGAAAAGCAAGAGAAGAAACUUGGAGACACCCCCGUCAAGGACUGUACUCCAGCUGAAAAGAACACCAAUGAAGUUAAUCCUCACGAAAAUCACGCUGCAAAAAGAGGACAUGGGAGAAAAGAAGAGCAAAAAGAAGGUCAGGAUAAUGAUAUUUGUGAUAUUUUGAAGAACUAGAAAUGGAAAACUUGUGAUAGUUGUCACAUUGUCUGUAUAUUUUUGUAUUGUUAUUAAUUUUAAUGACAGCUAUAGUUGACCAGCGAACAAUUUGAGGCUGUAUUUGCUCGUCAAAAAAUAUGCAUCAUCAUUCCGACACUAAAACGAUAAUAAAGAAGUUUAGAAGCAUUUUAACAAUUAGUUUCAGCAAAAACAUGUUCACGUUUGCUGAAUCAAGAACUGGCAAAGAGUUGUUCUUGUGGAUUUGGAUGAUCUUUUUUACCAUUUCCUUUUGACAGAAGUUAGUUCAAACAAGUUUGGAAUCGA